CGGCAAACCCGCAGCUAGGCCCGCUCUGGGCAACCUUUUCCCAAUCCGCUCCAGUACAUACGCCGACCAUUCCCAACUCGCCGGCGUGAACUAAUCCAUCUCCGAAUCCAUGGAGCACAGCGACGGGGAGAUCGCCGCGCCACCCGAGGACCGCCUCAGCGCGCUUCCGGUCGACAUUCUCAUCGACAUCCUUCUCAAGCUCCGCGACGCCGCCGCCGCCGCUCAGACCAGCGGCCUCUCGCGCCACUGGCGCCGCCUCUGGGCGCAGCUCCCGGAGCUCUUCUUCCACCCCGCCACUCGUCCCAACGGCAUCCGCGCCGCCAUCGAGUCCAAUGAAUUGCUGGCCCUCCGCCGCCUCGAAGUCAAGGUCAUCCACCCCACCCGCGAGUCCCUGGCAGCCUGGCUUCCUACUGCCGCGCCCCGCCUCUCCGGCGACCUACGAAUCAUCAAGGCGGCGGGGCGGAGCGAAACGGAGGACGAGGCCGCGCAAGGAGCCCCCCUUGAGCUACCCUGCUUCGAGAACGCCACCGCGAUCCGCCUCGACCUAGGGAAUCUCGCCCUCGCCAUGCCGCCUGCCGGCGUAUUCGCCGGGCUCACCGAUCUCUUCCUGUCUGGCGUCGACCUGCGUGGUCCGUGCAUGCUCGGUGAUGCCGUCUCCUCGCCACGCUGCCCGGCCUUGCGGAAACUCGCCGUCCAUGGUGCCUCGGGUCUGGCCAACUUUGCGAUCCGCUCAGAUUCUCUCCUGGAACUCGAGCUAAAACAUCUCAAGGGAGACGGCGCCCUUGGUCUGGGCAACAUCACCAUUCGCUCCGAGUCUCUCUUGCAAAUUGGUCUGAUAAAAGUGCAUGACAUGCAGCAGCUCACUGUUCUUGCGCCGGCGCUCCAAGUGUUGAAUGUGACCUACUGCUUUGCUCAUGGCUCGACUUACAGUGAGCCGGUUGCAAACAUCUGUGCCCCUCAGCUCAUGUGCCUCUAUUGGACCGAUGCCUAUGAACCAAGCUCAACCCAGUUUGGCAACAUCAGAAAUCUCAAGUGGCUCGACACAUACCCUUUUCUUGUAUAUGGACAAGAUUCCCGGAGAUUAUCAAAUGAUUGGUGUUUGGGCCUAAUGCGGCGCUUUGAGAGCAUCCUGUAUCUCAGAUUCAUCCUUGUCUAUCCGCUGGACAUUACCAACGCACAGUACUUGAUGGAAGACAUUACAAGGUUCCCGGACAUUGAAGGCUUGGCCCUGGAGAUAAAGCCAAAAGGACAUUCCUUUGGAGCAAGUGUGUUUCAUGUUCUCCGGAUGUGUACUGGUGUAAAAAGGCUGCGAUUUACACUUAUGGAUGUAAUUAGCCACACCGAGGCACAAAGUGCAUGCCCAUCAGAUUGUGUCUGCGAUCAGCUCCCAAAUUGGAAGACCCAGGAACUCGCGCUGAAUUGCCUCCAAGAAGUAACAAUCCAUAAACUGAAUGGAACUGAACAUGAAGCUGCUCUUAUCAAACGGUUAUUCGAUUGGGCAACAGCGCUAGAAAAUAUGACAAUAGCAUUCCAUGACUCAGUCCCCAAAAGAAAAGCCAAGGAGUUCUUCCAGAUGCUUCAAAGUUUUUCCAGGCCAGACAUACGUAUGAAGGGCCCUCACUUCGCCUAAUGUAGUCGUCUCAACAUUAGCACCAAGCGUGCCUGAAACUUAAGGCGUACUGCUGCUUCUCCAAGAACACUUGAGCAUGUUCCAAAAGACCAACUCACCAGUUUGUUGGUCUACACUUGUGGUCGUUUUGCAGUUCUCUUAUAUCCAUAUCAAUAUCAGUUGCACCCUUUGUUUACAUGAGAGUCUGGUUGAUCAGGCUUUAUCAAUCACACUAUUUGGCGCACUACCUUAUAUAUAUUUUGCAGGGUGUACUAGACUGUUCAUACAUUUGUACCAUUCAGAUGUUCUUUUUAUUUACUGUACUUUUUACAUGUGGAUGUCUAAGCUGAGGAGGCCGCAGUUCAUCUAAGGGACAAUGCUGUUUGCAUGUAGUACUUUUAAUUAAUCAGUUGGUCGUGAACCUAGGCAUAGCCCGGAUGGUUGCUGGGUGCUGAUACCUUUGCUACUCGUGAGAUCCUGAGUUCGAGUGCUAGCGCCCGCUCUCUCAUUGUACACAUCAAAAUAUUAUCUAUUGAAUUGCUUGGAGGGCUUCUUACCCCCCAAGUCGCAUUUUCUAA